AUGGCCGGCUCGGGGGCCCUUUGGAUUUCGGAAAACGGCGCCGCUGCAGCUCCAAACGAGCCCUUCAAGAAGCGGCGAAAGCUGCACGCGGGGGGCUCCGUCUUCGCCUUUAUUGGCGCGGAGUUUUGGCAUUUGUCGAAACUUGAAGAAAGAAAAAAACUCCAGACUUUCUUGCUGCCCUUCGGGGCCCCCCGAGCCGAACUUGAAUGCCCAGCCCUCAGCCUCCCGCAAGCCGUCCGCUUUCUCGUGCGAUCCGCCACUCCAGCGCUUCCUGAGCAGCUUCGGAGGCUUCCUGCUGCUUCCUUUUCGGAUUUGAAGAGAAAGACUUUCCAAAAAAGGCCUCGAGACCCGCCACCAAAGGCCCCUUUGCUGCGCCCCGCCUGCUGCAGCUGCAGCAGGCCGUCAGAUCUGCAGCAGCAGCAGCAGCUCAGAAGCAGCUGCUGCUUCCAGACCUCCCUUUCGCCUGCUGCAUUCAGCAGCAGCAGCAGCAGCAGCGGCAGCAGCAGCAGCAGCAGCAGCUUCCCUGCCCUUCUCUCUCCCUCAGCAGCAAACCCUCAACUGCCUCCACGAAGUGACGCAACAGAAGCUUCUGCAUGCCCAGGCUCUUUGCUGCAGUGCCCCUCUUUGCUGCAGUGUCCUUCUUUGCUGCAGCACAACUCUUUGCUGCAGCACAACUCUUUGCUGCAGCACAACUCUUUGCUGCAGUGCAGCUCUUUGCUGCAGUGCCCCUCUUUGCUGCCUGCGAGGAGUUUGGCGCGGCGGCUUCGUUUUGAGCUGGGGCUUCAUUCUGCUGCAACUAUUCCUUUUGAAAGACUGCCCAAGAAGCUGCCCAAAGCCCCCCCGCUGCUGCUUUGGACAAAAGCCCGCAGCAAGUUGCUGCGCGGGAGGAAGCAGGGGGCCGCAGCAGCAGCAGCAGCAAGUUUCAGCUGCUGCUACUUCAGGCGAGGCGCUGCAGCAGCAGCAGCAGCAGCAGCUUCUGCAGCUGCGCCUCUUUCGCCUCUUUUUCCCCCAGAAGAACUUCAGUUGGAGCUCGAAAGCUGCGAAACGGGAUGUGUUGUUGUGGCAGUGCCCUGCUGCAGUGGAAGCAGCAGCCCUGCUGCUGCUGCUGCUGCUGCUGCUGCUUCGCUUUUCGCGUUUCCGCCGCCGCUGCUGCCGCUGCUGCACAGCAACGCAAAGCCGCAAGCAGCAGCAGCCGUUCAAACUGCUGCUGCUGCUGCUGCUGCUGCUGCUGAGGCAGCGCCGGGAAGCGAAAAAGAGAAGGACGAAGCAGCAAAAAGAAUUUCAGGAAUUGUUCUGGAGAGCCAAAGAAAUUCGGAACACAGCUCUGUUUCCUUCAAGUUGCUGCUGCCAGCAGCAGCAGCAGCAGCAGCAAACGAAGCUGCUGCUGCUCAGGAGCAGCAGCGGGGAGCUGCCCCAGAGGGCGAAGAAGACAUGCUGCUGCAAGAAGACCCCGAGCUGCUGCAGCAGCUGGCCAAAGGCUUCCGCCGCCUCAUUUCCCGAAAGGCUCUUCGCCAGGAAAAGGAAGCAAAGCGCCGGCAAGGGCUGCGGCAGCAGCUGCAGCAGCUGCAGCAGCUGCAGCAGCAGCAACAGCUGCAGCAGCAGCAACAGCUGCAGCAGAAGCAGCGCCAAGAGGAAGCCUCGCCUCUGCAGCAAAUGGCAGCAAUUGAUAAUGUUCUCUUUUGCUGCUCUGCAGCAGAUCUUCAAGAAGAUUCUCUUUUUGUUAACAUUCAAGACUGGACUGCAGCGCUCCUAGCAGCAACGCAGCAGCGAGCUGCGGCCUGCAGCAGCCUGUGGCAGCAGCAGCAGCAGCAGCAGCAGCAGGAGCAGCGGGAGCAACAGCAGCAGCAGCAGCGGGAGCAGCAGGAGCAGCGGGAGCAGCAGCAGCAACAGCAGCAGCAGCAGCGGGAGCAGCAGCAGCAGCAGCUGCUGCUGCUGCAGAGGGUAGGGAGCGGGUGUCCCCCUGCUGCUGUCGUUGCUGCAGCAAGGACAGCAGCAGCUCGCGUUGCUGCAGCAGCAGCAAGAGCCUUUGGCUACCACUUCAGCAACAAAGAUUUGGCAUUUGAGGCAACAGCAGCAGAAAAAGCAGCAGCACUUUUCCCCGUAAGAUUUCAUUUUCUUCAAACUUUCAAAAGAGCUUCCUCCCUUAUGCUGCUGCUGCUGCUGCUGCUGCUGCUGCUGCUGCUGCUGCUGGUGCUGCAGCAAGAGAGGACUGAAUCGGCGCUGUUUGACUUGUUUGCUGCUGCUGCUGCUGCCUGCGCCCUCGUGCUGCUGCAGCAGCAGCUUCUGGACGGGGGAAAGCUGCAGGCCCGCUGCUUCCUUUCGCAGCUCUUAGCAGCACAUCCGUGUCUUCAGGGGCCCCUUUCAGUUGCUGCAGCAGCACUUCUUUCGCCAGAGCCAGGGGCUCCCCUUGGCGCAGCAGCACCCCCAGCAGCAGCAGCAGCAGCAGCAGCAGCAGCAGCAGCAGCAGCAGCAGCAGAGAAAAAGAAAAGGAACAGCAGCAGCGGAGAGUUGAAUGCAGCAAAAGUUUCCGUCGUGGCAAAUUGCUGCCGCCUUUUUCCCCGCGUUUCCGUUUUUGUUUCUUUUGAUGGGCUGCUGCAGCCGCUGCAGCAGGAGCUGCAGCAGCAAGGAUUUCAUUUCGAAGUUUUGGGGCGGGAGGAAUCAGCAAAAGAGAGACACAAAGAUGCUGCCGAAGAAACUCCUGGAGCUCUCGGUGUCUGUACAGCGCACUUGAAAGCCACCCAGAACCUCCAGCCGCUCGACGGGCUCUGCGAAGGCUCAAGGCUGAGCGCGGCGGCGGCGAAGUACGCCAGCACCAAACAAAAGCUCCUCGCUCCGCCGCCGCCGCCGCCGCCGCCGCCGCCGCCGCCGCCGCAGCAGCAGCAGCAGCAGCAGCAGCAGCAGCAGCAGCAGCAGCAGCAGCAGCAGCAGCAGCAUUGCAGCAGCAGCAGCAUUGCAGCAGCCGCAGCAGCAGCAGCAGCAGCAGCAGCAGCAGCAGGGGGAGUGGCGCACCAGUUGAAGACGGCGAGGAAGGCCAGCAGCAGCAGCAAAAAGCCCGCAACUAAGUUGAAAACAAAAGAAUCUCCAAAACUCAAAUAUAACAAAUAA